AUGAAGGGUAUGCUGUUCCUCAUCUUGGCUCUUUGGAUGGGGUGCUGCUCUGAGGGGGCACUGGCAAACCAGGGGCUGAACCUGACAGAGACCACAGCCCCACAGACCCCACUAGAUUUGCCUACCCUGCAGCUACCACUCAGCCAGUCCCGGUCCUCCAACGGGGCCUUGAACCAGCAGAAGGACUACAGCAGAGGCCAGGGAGGCGGGGGCGGCAGCAGCAGCAGCAGCAGCAGCAGCAGCAGCAGCAAUAGCUGCAGAAGCUCCAAAACCACAGGCCAUGGGCAAAAGGGGCUAGCAAGCAGGCAAGGGCAUGCACCUAGGUUUACAGACCUGCACACCCUGGAGCAGGCCACGCCCUCCUUGCCAGCUUCAUGCCUCUUGGCCCAGGCAACUAUUGCUUGUGGCAAUGUCAAAAUGAAGCAUGUUCCUGCCUUGAGUGACCCUGGCCUGACCACAUUCUACCUGUCAGAGAAUGAAAUUGUCAAGAUCCCAGCUCACACAUUCCUGGGGCUUCCCAACUUGGAGUGGCUGGACCUGAGCAAGAACAGACUGCACACUCGAGGCCUGCACCCCCAUGCCUUCAAGAACCUGAUCCGGCUGAAGCGGCUGAACCUGGAUGGAAACUUGCUGUCUGUAGUGCCCACCUUGCCUGCCUCCCUGCAGGAGCUCAAACUCAAUGACAACCUUUUGCAGAGUCUGCAGCGCAGCAGCUUCCGAGGACUCAGCCAACUGUUGACACUGGAAGUGGAAGGGAACCAUUUGCAUGAUGGGGACAUCUCCUCAUUGGCCUUCCAGCCCCUCCAUAGCCUGCUCUACCUGAGGAUGGACCGGAACAGGCUGAGGACCAUCCCACCUGGCUUACCAGCAUCCCUACAGGAGCUGCACCUGGGUACCAACCUCAUCGAGGAGGUGACUGAGCAUGUGCUGAGUGGCAGCCACAACCUCAGUUCCCUUGUACUCAGCAAUAACCAGCUCCAGGAGGACCGGAUAGCACCCCAUGCUUGGAUUGAUCUCCCGAAGCUGAAGACCCUCGAUCUGUCUCAUAACCUGCUGGUGCAUGUGCCUUCCUUCCUGCCACGAGGCCUAAGACACCUGAUUCUGCAUCACAAUCUCAUUGAACGCAUCCCUGGCUAUGUAUUUGCCCACAUGAAGCCAGGCCUGGAGUUCCUACACCUGUCCCACAACAGGCUGCGCAGUGAUGGUAUCCACAGAGUGUCCUUCUUGGGCUUGCAUGCCUCCCUGGCAGAGCUGCUGCUGGAUCACAACCAGCUGCAGGCCAUUCCACGAGGCCUCCUGGAGCUUAAGGGUCUGCAGGUGCUGCGCCUGAGCAACAAUAAGAUCAGACACGUGCCUCUGAAUUCCAUCUGUGACACACGUGUGACCCAGGACUCCAAACUUAUAGCCACACACCUGGAGAACAACCUCAUUGACCGGCGCCGCAUCCCACCCACUGCCUUCUCCUGUAUCCGAGCCUACCACAGUGUGAUCAUCCAACCCCAGCAGGGAGAAGAGGACUCCUAG